AUGGAGUCCGCUUCUACUCCCUCCACCGCAUCUGCGGCGGCUGCGGCGACGGCCGCCGACCCCCCCGCCUCCGAUGCGGUUAAUGGUUGUAGUGGAUUAGGCGACGGCGAAGACGGCGCUUGCGAACAAGGGAAGCUGUUCGUGGGCGGGAUACCGUGGGACGCGACGGAGGAGGCUUUGGGGGAUUACUUCGGGAAGUAUGGCCAGGUGGUGGAAGUCAUAAUAAUGAAGGACAGGGUUACUGGAAAUCCCCGAGGAUUUGGGUUCGUCUCCUUCGUCGAUCCGUCAUCCGCUGACAUGGCCAUCCAGGACACCUCCGUCAAGCAUUCCAUCCUCGGCAGGCUGGUGAGUUCUUCCCUCCGCCCGCCAUCUAUGCGAGUUUACAGCGGUAGGCCGUGCGGUUGAUCUCCAAAGGCGGUGCUUUUCUUCUUUCGUUGUUGUUGGGGGGUUUGUGGAUCUGAUAACGUCAUACUCUGAAUAACCCUAAUGCGCAGGGGCGCCGGAGGGCUGGGGAGGGAGGGGGGGCUCUUCAAUUCUCUUCCCCUCCUCCUGUUACUUAAUUUUUCGUGUGGGAAGGUUGGGAGUGGUGAAUUGCUCCGGGCUCAUUCGAUAAUAGGAAGAGCCUUUACUUGUUUCAGUCGCCCAAUUACGAGGAAGAAUCCGGUUGUUCUUAUCUGUUGAUGUGUUUUUCUUUAUGACAGAAGAGUAAACUAAUUCUCGUUCCAGCAUCGUUGUUUUCCCUCUCUCUCUCUCUCUCGUAAGCUUGCACAGAGCAAUUAAUCACGCGUAUCACAAAUUUUCUCGGGCGGGUUCGUUUUCUUGUAAGGUUCUUCACCACCAGCAAGUUGUAGAAACUCCCUGUAAUUACCUUGUAGAUUGUGGAGCCCGUGAAAUCCUGUGCACAUUCCCUGGGUUUUGCGCGUUGCUAGAAAUGAAGACCCCAUGUAGACGCUGAUUAUGAUGUUCUUGUUCCUCCUCUUGAUUCAUCCCCUUCCAGGUAGACGUGAAGAGGGCGAAGCCCAGAGGCAGCCAGCAGCAGAGCCGACAACACCAGUACGGCGACGACCUCCAGCCUGAGAACAGCGGCUCAAGCCACAGCACCAAUGCCACCGACGGCGUCCAGUUUAGCACGAAGAAGAUCUUCGUUGGCGGCCUAUCAGCAAACCUCACGAAAGAAGAUUUCAAGAGCUACUUUGAGAGAUUCGGCACGAUAACUGACGUGGUUGUCAUGAACGACAACGUAACCCAUCGCCCGAGAGGGUUCGGAUUCGUCACCUUCGACUCAGAAGAAUCUGUGGAGAACGCAGUGCAGCAAACCUUCCAGACGCUGAGUGGAAAGACCGUGGAGGUCAAGAGGGCGGUGCCCAAGGAGGGCGGUGGUGGCAGCAGUGGCAAGAACCACCCUAACAAGAACAGGAGCAAUGGCGGUGGCUAUGGGUCGAUGGUCGGCAAUGAGCGAGGCCCCUAUUAUCAUAGCUACCCUGUGGGGAUGUAUCCUUCGGCCGGCCCUCGAAUUGGGCUUUUUCCCGGCAAUGGCGCAGCCCUUUACCCUCCCUACAACUAUGGCCCUGGACCUUAUGGCCCUGGAUAUUUCUAUGGCGGAUAUGGGUUCAGCUAUGGCCCACCUUACGCAGGUCCGAGGAGCCCCUGGGACGGCCCUGGGUUCAUGGCCGACAGAAGAAGUCCAGCGCCAGCACCUGGUCCCCCUGGUCAUUAUCCCUACCAUCUCAACGGCGAUGUGAGCCCUUUGUUUGACAUGAGAACGGGCGGUGGCAGCUCGGUGCCGGUGGCUGGCGGAGAACUGAACCAGAGUGACAUCGAUUCACAAGUACAGUAUGUUUCGUCGCAACUGGGGGCUUCAACUUUGGAUGAUCGGCAGGCGUCAGAUUGUUGA